AUGGCGGUGAUGCACUUGUGUUUUCUAUUGCUCGUCGGUGCCUUCAUCAGCCUCUACGGCGGAGCCAUCGGCGCUAAGAUUCUGCUGUAUCCAUACUCUCAAAUGUACAACUCCCGUUUCCGAAACAUUAUGAAGAUUGGGCAAAUGAUGGCAGCGAGAAACCACAGCGUAAGCAUGUUGAUCACUACCGAUAUUAAUCUUAAGGAUAUACCCGAGGGGAUAGAGGUGUUAACUGUCAAGGUAGACUAUGAAACUUUGUCAUUUUCCAGCGAAGAACUUCUUACCGAUGUCCACAAAAAUCCCUUUCCUCUCGUCAUGAAAUUGGUUGAGAAAAGCAGGGGCACGUUGGAUGCACUUUUUGGGAACAAAGAGCUACUAGAUACUCUGAUUUCUAAAAAGUUUGACCUCCUGUUUUAUGACGUAAUUGCUACAGAGAGUUUAGUAUUGAGGGAUUAUUUAAACAUCCCGGGAGUCGGGUAUUCUAAUUUGGGAUUCGAUGGCGACUGGACGGUAUAUCCUGAACACCCUGCCUACAUGCCAAAUAUUAUUACAGGAUAUUCGGAUCAUAUGAGUUUUUGGGAAAGAUUAAUGAACACAUUGAUGUUAACAUUGACUGUAUUUUUUAAGUACUAUGUCACGGCUCCUUUUAAUGAUGCAAAAGAAAAAUACAACCUCAACAAGUCCUUGUCAAUUACGACAGCUUAUACCAGAUUGUCUAUACUGAUAGUUAACGUAGAUUUUGCUUUUGACUAUCCCCGCCCCGUUUACCCUUGGGUAAAAACGGUGUCGGGUAUCCUUUUCCACCCUGCAAAACCCCUAUCUAAAGAUUUGGAAGAGUUCGUAGAAUCUUCGGGAGAACACGGCAUCAUUAUCAUGAGUUUUGGGUCGAUGGUAGCCGAACUUACGCCAGAAAAAGCAGAAAUAAUAGCCACGGUUUUUGCACAACUUCCGCAGAAGAUUAUAUGGCGGAACAAUAAUUCUGAUAUUCCGGGAUUGGCAAAUAACACGAAAGUUAUGAAUUGGAUACCACAAAAUGACCUUGUUGGUCAUGCAAAAGCGCGACUGUUCAUAACUCACUGCGGAGUUAGUGGUUCACACGAGGCGCUGUAUCAUGGGGUCCCUGUUGUUGCUGUACCCCUGUUUGUAGAUCAAUUUAGCCACGCGACAAAGUUUGUUGAACGUCUUGGAAUGGGGGAGAAGUUAGACUUCUACAAUAUAACAGAAUCUACUUUCUCUGCAGUUAUAUUGAACGUUCUGAAUAACCGAAGCUAUUUUGCCAACGCUAAGCGUGCAGCAGCAAUGGUUCGUGACCAGCCGAUGGACGGAAAGGAAACACUGAUGUACUGGGUUGAGUAUGUUAUCAGAAACAAUGGAACGUUGCAUUUCCAUUCUCAGGCGAUGGAGAGACUUAGCUGGUACCAGUAUUUAUUGCUAGAUCCUCAGUUAAAGAAGAUGAAGAAAACUGACUGA